AUCAUGGACCCCGAACCGCUCCGAUUCCUCCGACCGAUCGAUUCUGAAGAUCAAUCAACAAUCGAUACGGAAGGAGAGGAUACGUCUUCAAUACUAUCAGAUGACGUGCCUUACAGAAUGAAUAAUACUGAUCUGAACGAAGAACGAAAUAUUAAUCGCACGCUCCGUUAUUUUUUUGGGCUUUUUUUAAAAAAGGAAACAAACGGAUUGCCAAAAAUCUUCAGAAUUCUGAUUACGAUAUUAUAUUACUGCUGUCUAUUUUUAAUGCAUUUUGCGCCCGAGAAAACAAGGGUGGGCGGGGUUUAG